AUGACUUCGGGAGACUUGGAAGUUCAAGAGUUGAUACGUCAGAAACGACUUCUAAGUUGGUUAUUCCCUAAGAAGGUGGCCCCCUUGCCUCUCCCGGAAGAGAGAACCGAAUACCCAGAACCUACUGCCUCAAUACUAUCAAGACUAUUCUUUUGGUGGAUGUAUCCCCUUAUGUUGAAGGGGUACAACCGAACCCUCGAACCGGAGGACUUGUAUACGUUGCCAGAUAACUACUCUGUAGAGCAUAUGACCCAAGAGUUCAAUCAAGUGUUCCAUAGAUUUCUUGAUAGAGCACAGAAACAACAUUUGAUUGCCAAAUGCAAUGGUAAAAAUAUAGACACCUUAACACCAGAAGAAAGAGAAAGUUUACUUGAAGAUUUUGAAUUACCCAGAUGGUUGACUCCGGGCGCUAUAUUUUAUACCUUUAGGUGGACAUAUCUGAUGAGUGUAUUAUCGUUGAUUUUGGCCAAUGUUAUUCAAUCACUCAAUCCCUUGCUUACAAAACGACUCAUCACAUUUGUAUCUAAUCGAACAUUAGGAUUAGAACCCUCGGUGGGGAAAGGUGUAGGCUACGCUAUUGGGUCUUCAUUCAUGGUUUUAACUGCUGGGAUCUUUAUCAAUCACUUCUUCUACAGAUCAAUGUUAGUCGGUGCUCAAGCUAAAGCAGUUCUCACUAAAGCUAUCUUGGAUAAGUCCUUUUUAUUGGAUGCUAAAGGAAGAUACAAAUAUCCUCAAGGGAAGAUCACCUCCUUAAUGGGAACUGAUUUAUCACGAAUUGACUUUGCCAUGGGGUUUCAACCCUUUCUUGUGGCAUUCCCAGUUCCAUUGACUAUUUCCAUAGUGAUUUUAAUAACCAACAUUGGAGCCAUUUCCUUGGUGGGUAUUGGGUUUCUUAUGAUCUUUAUGGUAUUUUUUGCCCUGCUUACGAAGAAACUCUAUGGCUUCCGUUUCAAAGCUACUAAGUUCACAGAUGCCAGAGUCGGGUACAUUAAGGAGUUGUUGAACAACUUGAAAAUCAUCAAGUUUUAUUCAUGGGAAAUCCCUUACUUUGAUAAUAUUUCCAACAUUAGAAAGAAGGAAAUGAAGGUUAUCUACACCAUGCAAACCAUGCGUAACAUGGUUGUUUCAAUGGCUGUGUCCCUAACAUUACUUGCUUCUUUGGUUACCUUUUUGGCCAUGUAUGGUAUUGAUAAAAGUAAAAGAAGAGAUGCUGCUGCUGUGUUCUCUUCCCUUUCCUUGUUCAAUAUUUUAUCUCAACAGGUGAUUAUGCUUCCUUUAGCUUUAUCUUCUGGAGCAGAUGCCUUUUUGGGUGUAACCAGAGUUGGUGCCUUCUUAAGUUCCACUGAAGAUAACAGUGACUUGCACACUAAUUCGGCACAUGGCGAAGAGUUGAACCGUUUGAGAGAUCAAAACUUGGCCAUUGAAGUCAAAGAUGCUUCCUUUGAAUGGGAAUCUUUUAAGAGUGAUGAUAGUGAAAUUACUCAGGAACGAGCUGCUGCAGAGGAUGAGGAUGAUGAUGAUGAUGCAGAUUCUGCUGUUGCAAAUGCUGGGAAAGAACCCGUUAAAGAUGAUGACUCCACUAAAUAUUCUGAAGAUGAUGAAAAGAAGAUUGUACCUUCUUCUGCAUCCUCUUCUGUGGAAAAGUCAUUCCUGGGUUUAAAAGAUAUUAACCUUACAAUGCAAAAGGGAGAAUUUGUGGUCAUCACCGGUCUUAUUGGUUCUGGUAAAUCUUCUUUGCUUAAUGCCUUAGCAGGUUUUAUGCAUCGUACACAAGGUACAAUCAAUGUUGAUGGUUCCUUGUUACUUUGUGGAUACCCUUGGGUACAAAAUGCUACUGUGAAGGAUAACAUUAUCUUUGGUUUACCAUACGACGAACAAAGGUAUAAGGCUGUGGUUUAUGCUUGUUCUCUUGAAAGUGAUUUAGAAAUUCUCCCUGCUGGAGAUAAUACAGAAAUUGGAGAGCGUGGAAUCACGUUAUCCGGAGGUCAAAAGGCCAGAAUUAACUUGGCCAGAGCUGUUUAUGCUGACAACGAUAUCAUCUUAUUGGAUGAUGUUUUAAGUGCUGUUGAUGCUCGGGUGGGUAAACAUAUAAUGAAUGAAUGUUUACUAGGACUCUUGAAAGAGAAAACAAGAAUCUUGGCCACUCAUCAACUUUCAUUGGUUGGUUCUGCCAAUAGAAUUAUCUUUUUAAAUGGCAAUGGUACCAUUGAUGUUGGCCUGGUUAGUGAAUUAUCAGCCCGAAACAUUGAGUUCACCAAAUUAAUGGCAUUUUCUUCGGAAGAACAAGCUAAGGAAAAGAAAGAGGAGGAAGAAGAAGAAUAUGAAUUUGAGGUUCUUGAUGAAGAAGCUCAAGAUGAUGACGAACAUACUCCAUUGACUAAAAGAAAGACAAGACAACAAGUGGAAGAUGAAGAAGCCAUUCACAGAGAAUUUAAUAAGAAUAAUACUGCCAAUGGUAAAUUGAUGGUUCAAGAAUCAAAAGCUGUUAAUCGAAUCCUGUCUCAAGUAUACAAGAAUUAUCUUAAAUAUGGAGCAGGUAUCUUUGGUCAGUAUGGUAUAUUACCACUUUUACUACUAUUACUUGUUACCUCUGUGUAUCUGCAACUUUUCACCAAUGUUUGGCUUUCGUUUUGGACAUCACAUAAGUUUGAAAGGCCAGAUAAUUUUUACAUUGGAAUCUACGUGAUGUUUGCCAUAAUGUCCUUGAUUUUAUUGACACUUUUAUUCGUUUUAAUUGGUUAUGUCUGCAAUACUUCUGCUGUGGAAUUGAAUAUUAAAUCUGUUCGUCGAGUCUUGUUUGCUCCAAUGUCCUAUAUGGAUACUACACCAAUGGGAAGAAUCCUAAAUAGAUUCACUAAAGAUACCGAUGUCAUGGAUAACGAACUUUCUAAUUUGUUAAGAAUACUGGUGUAUACAGCUGCUAAUAUUGUUGGUGUAUUGAUUCUUUGUGUGGUUUAUUUGCCAUGGUUUGCUAUAGCUAUUCCUUUAUUAGCAUUUUUAUUCAUUGCUAUUGGAAGUUUCUAUCAAGCAUCUGCCAGAGAAAUGAAGAGACUUGAAGCUGUUCAAAGAUCAUUCAUCUAUAGCAAUUUCUCCGAGACAUUGAAUGGGAUGCCUACCAUCAAAGCCUAUGGGCAUUCUAAUAGAUUCUUGGAAAAGAAUAAUAACUAUAUUAAUAAGACGAAUGAAGCUUAUUAUAUCACCAUCGCUAAUCAACGGUUUCUUGCCAUUCAUUUGGAUAUGGUUGCAACUAUCAUGGCAUUAGUCAUUUCUCUUUUAUGUGUUUUCAGAGUUUUCAACAUUGGUGCAUCGUCUGUGGGUUUAUUGAUGUCUUACGUCUUACAAAUAGCUGGACAAUUAUCGAUGGUUAUUAGGAACUAUACCCAAGUUGAAAAUGAAAUGAACUCUGUGGAAAGAGUAUGUGAAUAUGCCUUUGAUUUACCUCAAGAGGCUCCAUAUUUGAUUGAAGCCACAGCUCCACCAUCUUCAUGGCCAGAAAAGGGUAGCAUCAAGAUUGAAAAGGCUUCUAUGAGUUAUAGACCUGAUUUACCUUUAGUUCUUAAAAAUAUGAGUGUUGAAAUCAAUGGAUGUGAAAAGAUUGGGAUCUGUGGUAGAACAGGGGCUGGGAAAUCAACUAUUAUGACUGCCUUGUAUCGAUUAUGUGAAUUAUCAUCAGGUAAAAUUGAGAUCGAUGGUAUUGAUAUUUCAACUUUAGGGUUAAAUAACUUGAGAACGAAGUUAUCGAUUAUCCCACAAGAUCCUGUGUUAUUUAAAGGAACUAUAAGAAGAAAUUUGGAUCCCUUUGGAGAACAUUCCGAUGAUGAUUUGUGGGAUUCUCUUCGUAGAGCAGGAUUAAUUGAAGCUGAGAUGUUAGCAUCAAUUAAACAACUGCAAGAAAAUGGAAAUGAUGACCUUCAUAAAUUCCAUUUGGACCAAAAAGUUGAAGAUGAUGGAACAAACUUUUCGCUUGGUGAACGACAAUUGGUUGCGUUUGCCAGAGCUUUGAUCAGAGAGUCCAAGAUUUUGAUUAUGGACGAAGCCACUUCAUCUGUUGAUUACGAAACGGAUUGGAAGAUCCAACAAACCAUUGCACUGGAAUUUACCAAUUGCACGAUUUUGUGUAUUGCCCACAGAUUAAAGACCAUUAUUAAUUACGACCGGAUUUUGGUUAUGGACAAGGGAGAAGUCAAGGAAUUUGAUACACCUUGGGCAUUAUUCAACGAAGAAGGAAGUAUCUUUCAACAAAUGUGUAUACGUUCUAACAUUCAGGUCACUGAUUUCCGAAAUAGGGAAUGA